AUGAGGAAAGAAAAGAAAACGCAUGCUUUACUGUUUCUCCUCCUGCUUCACUUCACCUUGGCAAGGCAAUCAGACUAUGCUCCGUAUUUUUACGAUAAUGGACCUAGCAGUAUACAUGGGAAUAUGGCCUUGUUCAGCAUCUCUGAGGAUACACCAAUUGGGACACAGAUAUACAUUCUGAAUGGUACAGAUCCAGAGGGAGAUCCGGUGCGAUAUGGUCUGACUUUUGAAAAGGGCUCGAAAGAAUAUUUUAGGGUGGACUCCAGGUCAGGAAACGUGACUCUGAUUCAGGAGCUCGACAGAGAGAAACAAGAUGAAAUCUCGGUGGUGGUGAGCAUAACAGAUGGUCGCAAUAAAGUUAUUGAGACAGUUAGAGUGUUUGUCACUGAUGCCAACGAUGAACCACCUGAAUUUCAAAACCUGCCUUUCAUCAUUGACAUCCCAGAGGAUACUGCUCCAGGAAGCAGCAUUUACAGAGUCCAGGCAUUGGACAGAGACAUGGGAUCAGGAGGCAGCGUCUCAUAUUAUCUACAGACCUUGCCGUUUGCCAAGUUUACCAUCGAUGGGCACAGCGGGAUCCUGAGAGUCAAACCUGGUGAGACUUUGGACUAUGAGACCACGCCCACGCACUUUGUGACAGUGGUUGCAAAGGAUGGAGGUGGAAAGUACAAGGGGAAGCACCAGGUGUUGAGCUCCACAGCCACCAUGACAAUCAAUGUACUUGAUGCCCAAGACAUGCCUCCAUCCUUCAUAGGAACCCCUUACUUUGGCUAUGUCUACGAAGUCUCAGUCCCUGGUUCUGAAAUAUUCACUGUGUACGCUAAAGAUGGUGAUCAAGGCAAUCCGAACCCCAUUCAUUAUUCCAUUAUGAAUGGCAGUGAUGGCGUCUUUGACAUAAAUAGCACCAGUGGAUGCAUCACUCUGACAACCCUUCCAACACUGCUGAGAAAUGAAUUAUAUGAAAUUAUAGUCAAGGCAUCAGAGGUUGGACCAAACAAUGAGCCUCAGGAAUACGACAUUACCACGGUGACGAUCCGGGUCGUGGAUCUCAACAACCACCCUCCAACCUUUUACGGAGAGAACGGACCACAGAGCAAGUUUGAGGUCACCAUGUACGAGCAUCCUCCUGCAGGGGAGAUCCUCCGAGGCUUUAAGAUCACCGUCAAUGACUCUGAUCAGGGAGCAAACGCUAAAUUCAAACUGAGACUUGUGGGGCCGAGUCGAGUGCUGCGAGUGGUUCCCCAGACAGUCCUCAAUGAAGCGCAGGUGACGAUCAUUGUGGAGGACACAUCUGGCAUCGACUAUGAAAAGGGGCCGACUCUUUCUUUUAAGCUGCUGGCGGUGGAGAUCGACACACCUGAGAGGUUCAGUGCAACUGCGGACAUAGUGAUCAACCUGCUGGACACAAAUGACAACAUCCCCAAAUUCACAUCUGAGUAUUACAUCGCCAGAGUCCCAGAGAACUCCCCUGGAGGCUCCACUGUUGUGACUGUGACAGCAAAUGAUCCUGAUUCAGGGCCCUGGGGUGAAGUCAAAUACACGAUUUAUGGAUCAGGAUCAGAUUUGUUUACCAUCCACCCAUCAUCAGGCCUCAUCUCCACGCAGCCCUGGACCAGCCUGGACGCAGAGGUCAGGUCUAAAUACAACUUCUACGUAAAGGCUGAAGAUUCAGAAGGAAAGUACGGCUUGUCUGAAGUCUUUGUCACUGUCCUUGACAUGAACGACCACUCUCCAACAUUUGAUGAAAAUUUCCUGGAAAAAACGAUGAUUAUUGGUACACCUGUCAGAGUAGAGGCAAUGGAUGAUGAUGCAGAGUCACCAAACAAUGUCAUUGAGUACUCCAUCAUGAAGGCUGAUCCUGACAAUGCGUUUGAAAUAAACGCAGACACUGGGGAGAUCAAGCUGAAGCCGUAUAUUAAUUCCAUGGAGAUUGUGCAAAACAUCACCAAGCAGAAAGACUGCAAAUGGUCGCUGGUUGUCCAAGCCAGGGACAGAGGCUCGCCAUCCUUCAGCACAACGGCCAUGGUCAACAUCGAUAUCACAGAGGCGACUCCUCUCAAGGGGCCUAUGGCGGCCUUUUUAAUGAAAAGUAGGGACAAUCCUUUGAAAGCUCUAGGCAUGGUUACUGUUAUCAUAAGCUUAUUGGUAGGGAUGACUGUCUUGAUCUCUACGGCUAUGUACAUGCGCACCUCAAAGUCAAACAGGAUCAUGCCAGCACGUCGCAUCAUCAAGAGGCGACCCCGGGACCAGCAGCCCUGGAACUUCAAGAUGCCUGUUGUCAAAUUCAGUAACUCUGCAGAUAAGUUCCUUAUUGAGGACCAAGAGAGGACCAACCAGCGGCGUUCCAGCAGCCCCAGGCCGAAGCCUCCACCCCCCAGUGCUCCUCCACCUCCAUCUAACAUCCGUCCCAAUGAGAGGCCCCGAGCGGUCCCAACAAUAUCUGGUACAUUGGUCCCAACAAUAUCUGGUGCACUGGCUUCCAAAGGUUCAAAGAAAGCUAAAUCUAGUCGCCGCAAAGAAGGAAAUGUUAGUUCUGCUUUGGUGUCAGAGCUUAAAAAGAAGCUGGAACAGAAAAUUAUUGAGAGCAACCAAGGUUAUUAUUAA